AUGAAAUGCGCUUUCAAUCGGAGCUAUGGGGAUUCCGUCAAUGGAGACUCCCCUACGCUGCUGAGAGCCAUGGACGACAGCGCGGUCGCUGCCUCCCUCAUAACGAGCUUGCCGCUCCUCAGCCGUAGAAACGGUGUCUGUUUGCCAGGGUACCCCGGCUAUUGCUUCAAGCAGUUCGAUCUCUGGGAAUCAAUCACUGCUUCUCUUCUGAAGAGGUUUCAAGACGAGGAAGCAGAGUCGGAUUCCACAACGAUGAGAUUCAUGGUGACACCGCUACUGCUCAAUGAAGAUACCUUUCUGGGCCGGAAACUCACACAAGAUGAGCUGAUCGAAGAGCUCAUAACUGUCACCUUUGGCGGCAGUUUGCUGACCGGAUCGCCAUUCACACCGGCGUCCGCAAUCGGCUCCCAGCCGUUCUCCUCCGCUUCAUCAAAGACUUCCGCCGCGGUUUUCUUCCUCUUCGAUAUUGGGGAAAUAGUGAGCAGAGCAAGAAGCGCCGAAGUGUAA